AUGGCGCCAAUGAUGAAGGAGCAGAGGAGAGUGGUACAACUUUUUGAUGAUCUAAUCAUUGGAAUAAUGGCUAGACAUCCACCAAAAUCAAUAUUGCGUUUUCGAUGUCUUUCCAAAUCUUGGAAUGCUUUGCUUUCGAGCUCUAGCUUCAUCAGGAUGCACCUCAAUCAUGUUAAAGAAAGUAAAUACAAUGAUCUGCAACGACUGAUUCUGUCUUCUACUUAUUUUCUUCAAUCAAUGAGCUAUGAAGCAGGAGAGAAGCCAUCGUACAGGAUUGAUUUUCCCCUGGAUCCGAAAUAUGGUAUUGAACUUUUAGGUUCUUGCAAUGGUUUGUUAUGCCUAGGUAUGCCAAGGGAAACUCUUAUCUUAUGGAAUCCAAGUAUUAAAGAGUUCAAAAAACUACCCCUCUCUUGCCCUUUAGAUAAGGAUGUGCGGGACACUUUUGGAUUCGGUUAUGAUCACUCUACUAAUGACUACAAAAUUAUAAGAAUUGUUAAAUCGGUAGACAGAGCAUAUUUAGCAGAAGCCCCGGUUGAUAUCUAUUCACUGAAAUCUAAUACUUGGAAAAGAAUCCAAAGCUUCCGUCUUUCUAGAAUUUUUUUUGAAAAUUCAUUAUCAGGGACUCUUGUUAACGAGAUUCUUUAUUGGAAUGUGAUAUAUUUACCUAACCAUGAACAAGGUUACCCAUAUUCAGAUAUUACUCGUCGGAUUCUUGGAUUUGAUUUGACACAUGAAAUAUUUGAAGUUUUACCACCACCCAAUGAUGCAAUAGAAGGACGUCAUUUUACAUUGCGAGUGAUUGGAGGAUGUCUAAGUUUGGCUCAAAAUCUUGAGAAUCUUGAGGGAGACAGCAUGGAGAUGUGGAAACUAGAGAAGGAUAACAUGAAACAGAGUUGGAUAAAGUUCAUGACAAUUAAGAAUCUGCAAACAUUUCAAUAUCCACAAAAUUUGGUGCCAAUAUGCAUUAUGAAAAAUGGUGAAGUCGUUAUUACUUAUAGUGAAAGUGUGAGUUUCUUUGCAAUGGGUAGAAAGCCAAGCAUAUUUGAAUUGUAUGAUCCGGUGAAAGACACAUUCAGAAGACUAAAAGUUAGUGGUAUAAGGCAAUGGUCUCGAGUAAUGACAUAUAUGGAGAGUUUGGUUUCACCAAAUUCUAGUGGCAUGUGA